AUGACGAAAAUCUGGUUCAUCACUGGGUCCUCCCGCGGUCUCGGCCUCGCCAUCGCCGAAGCCGCUCUCAAUAACGGAGACUCUGUUAUUGCUACCGCUCGCAAGCCAGAACAGCUUGCUGAUCUGGUCAAGAAAUUUGGCAACGAGCGCGUUCUCCCAGUCGCUCUCGACGUAACCGACAACAACCAAGUCAUCCAGGCCGUCAAGUUUGGACAUGAGAAAUUCGGCCGAAUCGACGUCGUGGUCAACAAUGCAGGAUACGCCAAUACUGCAGCCAUCGAGGACAUUGAUGUCGAGGACUUCCGCGCUCAGGUUAACGCCAACCUCAUGGGCGUAGUCUACGUUUCCAAGGCCGUGCUCCCAAUUCUUCGUGCACAGAAGUCAGGCCAUAUCUUCCAAGUCUCCUCGAUUGGGGGCCGUAUCGGUGCUCCAGGUCUUUCGGUCUAUCAGAGUGCUAAAUGGGCCGUCGGUGGAUUCUCCACGGUUUUGUCUCAGGAGGUGGCUCCCUUUGACAUCAAAAUCACUGUUCUCGAGCCUGGCGGUAUCAGGACCGAUUGGGCUGGCUCAUCUAUGAAGAUCCCCCCAGUGAGCGAGCCCUACCAGACGACGGUGGGUGCAUUUGCCGAGUUCCUUCGUAAGACAUCUGGAAACGAAGUUUCUAUCCCGAGCAAGAUUGCAGAUAUUGUGCUUCAGCUCUUGGAUGAAAAUGAGCCUCCUUUGCGUCUUGUUAUUGGUUCCGAUGCGGUUGAAUAUGCUAGGAAGGCUACAGACGCACUCAGUGCAUCUGACCAGAAAUGGUGCGAGCUGAGCAUCUCUUCAUCCUAA